GGCUCAUUCAUAUCAAAGGCGGAAGAGUCUGUGCAGCUGCUGUGCACCGUUAGUUUAGUUAUAGCGUAGUGGAUUGUUUACGCAUUUUAACCUUUAUUAUAAAUGUUUUUAUCAGCAGCUUGUUAACAAAGGAGGCGCUUUUUACGGUGUUUCCCAGCUGUGGUGGAAGUUUACUCGGAGGCGGAAGGACCUUGUUGAGUAACGAAUCAACGACGCUGUGGCUGUAAACGUCCGCAUGGAGAGUGAUUCAGUGAUGGAGGAGAACCGAACACCUCUGGGGCUGCUGACCCCCUCGCAACAGAACGGCGAAAUCGCAGCAUCUCUGGAUUUCUCCAAACUCACGCCGUCUCAGUUUGGCAUAACCACGAAUAGUUUUACAGCUUUCCCCAAAGAUAAAGACAAAUCCAGAGUGUCACAGCUGAAGUCGAGGAGGAGAUCCACGAUCGGCGUGAGAGGAUCCCCCGAAACCAAUUCUCUUAUCUGCUUCAGAGCCAAGCAGGCCAUGAAGACACCUCCUCGCACCCCUCAGCACUUGUUGGACAUACCGCAGUUUUCGGGCCGCGACUCCAUAAAACAGAAGAUGGCGGCCUUCAGGCGUCUGAUGGCGACAGAGGAGGAAGAGGAAAGAGUGAGACGUGUCGAGUCAGAUGAUGAUGAUGAUGGAGGUGAAGAGAGAGAGAACCGUCUCGCUCCUUUAACACCUCCUCUAUCAAAGAGACGCCGCAGGGGAACUCCUCACCAGAGUCUGAUGGAGGAGGAGACGCCGUCCGAGCUCACACGCUUCCCCGGACACACGCCGCAGGUCGACGUGUCUGAGUUCAGAAGCCUGGAGAUGGCACCGGGUUUGGGUUUGGGUUUGGACUCACAGUCUCAGCUCAUGUCUCUCCCCAUGCUGUCAAAGCCCGAGCUGAUUAAAACGGGCGACGUCGAGGUCUCCUCCGUAUCCAAAAAGAAGCGUGUUCGUUUCGGCGCCCCUCUCUCCCCAGAGUUCUUCGAUAAAUCUCUCCCCCCAAGUACCCCGCUGCAGAAAGGCGCCACGCCCGCAUGCCCGCCCUCAUCCACAGGACACAAACACUCCCUCCUUAAAACACCACAGAGGUUCGAGCCGCCUCUGCCUCAGCCCGAUUUCAGCAGCCCCGGGCGGAACGGAGCGUCUCCCGUACUCACCAGACGCUCGCAUGGCGACCGGGAGGCCGAAUGCGACGAGGUGUUUCUGGACGAUCAGAAGAUCUCCUUCCCCAUCAUGGAUGAGGAGUACGAUAACCUCACGGACGACACAAAAGAUCCGACUCCUCACCAGACGCUCACCACACACGCUGAAAUCACAGAGGGUGAAGAAGCCAGUCUCUCCGUUAGCGUCGCUCCGGAGUGUCCAGAACUUCCACUUCAUGCAGCAGCAGAACCAGAAGACCAGCAUCAGCCACAGAAGAUCACGGAGUCUUCCACCGAAGCUCCUCGCUCUCGUGGGAGAAAGAGGAAGCAACCGGCAGAGAGCGAGACGAUGGAGACCAGAAGGAGCACUCGAUCCGCCGCCGAGUCCGCCAAGGGGAAGCUGAAGUCCACAGCAGCGAAGAAGAGGUUCGGGACUAAAGAGGUGGACCGAUCACUCUACGGCAAGAGAGACUACGCUUCAAAAAACCCGCUCCUCAGCCCCAUCAUCGAGUCCGCAGCCUGCAGCCUGAGCAGCAGCCCGACACGUGCACACACGGGCAUGAGCUCACCCGUCUCAGAGGAGAAACCUGACUCUCCUGUUCCUGUUACGGGUCUCAGCACUAAAGCAGCAUCACCUGACACUACGGACAACCUGGUGACCGCGGCUGCUCUGUGGCGCCGUCGCUUCCUGCGUCAAGCCAAAGACCACGACUCUGACAGUAACCUCACCGACGACGGCGAUCCCUCUGACGUCCAAUCAGAAGCCUCCGUGGAGUCUCCGGGCGAUAGACGAGCGAGCGCGGGCCGAGCCGUAAGAGGAAGACGAAACUCGGCGCGGCGGCGCAGCAGAGAAUGCGGUGGGAGCGAGAACACGGUCGUAGAGAAGAAAACCGAGGGCCGUCAAGCAGAAACGCACACGUCCAACCAGGAGGAGGAUCCAGUAGGCGAACCGACCGCCUCGGAGAAAUCGCACCGGAACACGUCGAAAGAGAAAACUCCAGAAAGACGACAGAGGAGCGCUCGAAGAAAAAACAGCUCCGUUUCAGAGGAAGAGGAACAAACGGAAGAACAAACAGGAGAGGAGAAGACGUGUAGGAAGACCGAGGAAACCUCAGGAGGUGAGAGAGAAGGAACGGAGAAGGACGAAGUGGACGCGAAGCAGAAUUCAGGACAGGAAGAGCUGGAGAAGGACGAGAAAGAGCCGGGACAGAAUUCAGGAUUUCAUAAAGAAGCGGAAAAGAACGACGAAGAUCCGACCCCGACUCCGGUCGCCUCGGAAACCCUGGAGUCGUGGCAGCAGCCCGACUUCUGCAUCGAGGACGUCCUGAAAUCCGUGGCGAAGAGUCGAGGCUCCGUGAGACGCAGCCUGAGACACCGCAGGAGCGUGGACGUCCUGGCCAAAGGUCUCGCCUGGGUGGAGCACACGUCCCCGCAGAUGAUCACUACAGCCCAGAGGAGGAGAACACGUGGCAGACUGAGCGCCGUCUCUCAGCCUCCACCACUUCCCGAUCCGGAGGACACCCGAGCGAGCGAGCGAGCAGCGCAGCUCUGAGUGCAUUUUCUUUUAACACAUGAGUUUUAAUUAGAUUUUAGAUCUGUUCUGUCCAUUAGAAGUUAAUCUGAACUCACAUUUCUACAGUCCCACAAUUUACUCUGUUUUUUUAUUAUUAUUUUAAACCCGUUCGUGAUUCAGAUUCGGUUUGUUCAGGAGGAAGAUGAUGAUGAUGAUGAUGAUGACAGAAUGUUCUGUAGAUCUGGUUGUGUAUCUACACACGAUUUCAUUAUAGAAGUUCCUACAGAACUCUUCUAUAUCGUAUCUACAGCAACAAACAGAUUAAACUCAACAAAUACCACAAAAA